CUCCCAACCGCUUGCAGAUUGAAUAAUACAAGCUAUAGAAAGAUGAGUAGGGAUCAUCAGACUGAUUUACCACAGGUACAAAACGGUAGUAGCGUGCAGAAUUACGGUAACGUGUUGGACAUUUACCCGCUGAACUGCUACUAUUUUGGCUCCAAAGAAGCUGUUCCGUUUAAGGACGAGACUACGUCCGAUCGUAUCCUUCGAAUGAAAUUCAACUAUGAUGCUCAUGGAUUAAGGACCUGUGUGCAAGCUGUAAUGCUGGUUGAAUUGUUCAAGCACCCCCACGUAUUGCUGUUGCAAGCACGGAACUCGAUCUAUAAGCUUCCAGGUGGUCGUUUGAGGACAGGUGAAUCAGAUAUACAAUGCUUAAAGCGCAAACUAUCAAGCAAGUUAUCUGCUGUUGGAGAUUGUAGUGCGCCUGAUUGGGAGGUGGGCGAAUGCCUUGGUAUGUGGUGGAGGCCUGAUUUUGAUGCAUUACUUUAUCCCUAUCUGUCACCUAAUAUAAAAAGGCCAAAGGAGUGCACAAAACUCUUUCUCGUGAAGUUGCCUGAGAGUCAGAAAUUCACGGUACCGAGGAAUCUCAAGCUUCUUGCAGUACCUCUAUGUCAACUUCAUGAAAACCACAAGACUUACGGACCAAUAAUAUCAGGAGUACCGCAGCUGCUAUCCAAAUUCUCCUUCAACAUCAUAGAGAGCUGAAAUUUUUGCACUAGAAAUUUCCUUGAUAUAGUGUGGCAGCAAUUAGAAACUACAUCAUAGGAUUAUGACGUACAGUUAUACAAAUCACUUGUACAUGUGAACUGGAUCUCUUUUUGUUUUGUUUUGUUUUUUUCCCACUCUCUUUCUUGUCAAUAUGUAUUUAUGGAUGGUCUCAGACUCAUGUAUUGCUCCGUUCUCCUGCAUAAUGCUAUAGACUGAGUUUAAGAUUUUUUCUUUUUCUAAAGUUCAUAGUUGCAACAGAAGAAGUGGAAUUUAUGAGCAUGUGAAAGAACAUGCUCAUCAACAUAACAUACAAUGCACCAAGAGGUUUCGUCGUCGUCACGUGCCGCGCACGUGAGCUGUGUAAGUCUGCGCUUCUCCAAAUGCUCCAUUGGAAUGGUUCGGGUAAUUGGGUCGCCCAUGGGUUUUCUGCUUUGGAAUGGAUGGCCGUACCAGUUCCUUUCCUUUCCCAGCUCUCACAACUGCAUUGUCCAGAGCUAACUGUAGAGCUUCCUCAAGAAUGGUAAUUGGUGUGAUUUAUCAUGGCUGUGUCUUCCGAUGUCGUCCGAAUUCCAAGACGGGUUGGUUGUGCCCUUUUUUCCUAGGGUUUUCUCAUCUGCUUUUUUCAUUUCCAUUUUCUGAAAUUGGUUAUGCCCUUGAACCCGUUCCCCUUUUUGAGCUCCUUCCUCUCACCGCCUUCUCUGGCCAGCUUGAUUGCGAGCUUGGUUUCAUCUUCUUCGUGCGUUUUAAGCUCGGUCUCCCCGAGUUUCUUUUACUGGUGCGUUUUUCCUCUGCGUAUUUGCUGCGUAUCCUUUUUUCCUUUGAUUUUGCUUUUCUCGUUGGCUUGUGAAGGCCACCGAAUUUCUCAUUUUCUCUUAAAUGUGGUCUCAAACAACCUUUUCCAUUCCAAAUCUGGGCGGCUCCGCAGAACCCAAUCCACAGUUAAGGACGGAAAACGUAAGAAGAAUCAGCAGCGAUGGCGGUGCCUUUGCUUUUGAAGAAGACAGUGAAGAAAAGGGUCAAGAAGUUCAAGCAACCCCAGAGCGACCGAAAAAUCUCCGUCAAGGUUAUUUUACUGGUUUUCAUCCUAGCCUUGUGCAUUCGGCUUUGGAAUCUAUAGCAAAGGAAUGGCUACUGCUACUCCUUCGGGUGUUGGUAUUGCCUCCCACGUGAUCUCUCCCUGUCGAUCCAUCUCUCAUCUAUUGUGCUUGUUUCUCCUGAUGUUGAGGCAAACCUCCUUGAUAGUUGGUUAAUGAUGUUUCUUUUGUUAAUUUUCCUCCAUUGCGCCGUUGUCUCGUCUUGAUGCAUAUAUUCUCGCUUUCUUUUCUGAUUUAGGUGUAAUGAUAAUGUCUCUAAGUUGGUUCGUUUGGUUUUUGAGGGGUGUGCAUAUGCAAACCCUGCUGUCUUGCACCCCCCUGUUCAUGAUUCGACUAUUACUCCCAUCUAUUAUGUUCUGUCCUAUGAUGCGUUUGUUAGUGCCUUUGCUAUUUCUUGAUGCUUUGGUAUACUUUAUUUUUUCAGGUACUGCCUUUGUUUAUAUUUGUUCUUGUUUGAUAAUGCUUUUGUUUGGAUAUCAUGAUUGGGAAACUGCAUGGAUUAAGGGUCGUGUAGAAGUUGCUUGGCCAUUGUUCACUUUUGGCAUAUGGCCUGUCCUCAUUGUUAUGAGCUAUAUGAUUUUUCUGCCACCCUUGGAAUUCUAUACCUUGCUUGAGGUCAGGGAAUGUAUGAUUUCCCUAGGUGCAUCGUGGAUUUGUUAUUAGUUAUUAGUUUUUAAAAAACCUAUGUAUUCCUUGGUUUCCUUUUUUUUUGGUGGUUAAUGUUAUUUUUGUUAUAGAGCAUGGAUCUGGCUCACUUUUCAUGAUGAUACUGGGUGUGUAAACGUUAUUGCAUUAGGUGUCGAAGCUGAGAAGCUAAUUGGUGUUAGCGCGCUUGACAUGUUUGAGGCUGCUGACGAUGAGGCUAUGUGUUGCUCUAUUGUCAUGCAUAGAUACCUGAACUUGGAGAUUUGCAUAGAUACCUGAGCUGACGAUGAGGCUAUGUGUAGCCAGCCUUUUUGCAGACCUUUAAGUUGUACCAUCGUGUGGCUUUUCGAAUUGAACGGACCAGGCUCCUAUGCUAUUUUAAGCGUUCAUCCGAUGUGAUCAACAAA